CUCAAAAGAGCGGCCAGGCCGACCGACCGCUUCUCAUGGAGGGGCCCGCCACUUGCAUCGGUCACUCGAUUUCUCAAAAACGCCGGUUCGCUGCAGUCGGGCGCUCUUGUUUGGUGCCCGGUUUGAGCCCAAGGCGGAUUAGCCUGCGGCCUAGCCUCGAUUGCGCCCGGUUUUAUAAGUCUGGGACAAUUGGGUGCAAAAGUUUGGUGUUGAUAGGGUGCGGCAUCACGGGCCGUCUCGGCCAGGCUCUAGGUAUUGUUCCAUUUUUGCUGAGCGGAAUCGUGAAAAGAAGCACUUUCCGCGGCAGUUGGUGGUAUAAGAGAAAAGUCGGCCAACUACAAGUUUCUCCCACAACAUCCAGUGGUUGGCUUCACACGCAAUGACAUGGUUGAGAGCGCGAAUGCACAUGUUCUAGAUAUACCCGAAUAGGGCCGCAUAAAAAUGGACGUGUGUGUAAUCGAGCCGAAUCCCGACGUCACCGGCAUCGGGAUCCGAAUCUCCAUCUACGCCCUCUGCCUCACGUGUCGCCUCCUCCCCUUCGCCGUCAAGCUCCUUUCCCCAGCCGACCGGCGCGGCGCCUCCGAGUUCGAGCGCGCCUCCUCGGCCGCCCUGGGCCUCCAGGGCCUCGCGCUGCUGUGCACGGCGAUCGCGCAGACGGCCCAGCGCAGGCUCACGCUCUUCCACGCCGUGGCCGUGCAGCACCUGCUCGCCCUGCUGGGCGUCAACCUGGCCGCGCGGGGCCGGUACCGGCGCCGCCGCCGGGUGGCGACGCUCGACGCCGCCGUCGCGGCGCUGGCCGCGGCCGCCUUUGCGGCCUUUGACGUCUACGUGUGGGUCAAGGCGCCGGGCUUUGGGUCGCAGCCGGAUUGUAACGGCUCGACCGUCUACGUCGUCUUCGGCGUCUCGGUCGGCGCCACCGACGACGUGUUCCGCUACGUCGUGCUGGCCACCUUCGCGGUCGUGCCCGCUUUCUUCGUCGUCGUCGUGCUCGUGAGUCUGCCGUGCUGCAUCGCCGCCCUGCGCUCGCUCCGGGGCAACCGCGGCGGCGGCGGCGGGAGUGCGUGGCGCGUCCAGGGUAGCUGCUGUGGCUGGAACGCGCCCGGCGACGGCUCCGGCAGUGAUGACGACGACGGCGACAGCGAUGUCGAGUCAGUGCGGCGGCGUCAUGGCUCCGACGCUUCCGAAGAAAGGCCGGAUCCACGCAUCAGCGAGGGUCUGCGGGCCGUCGCCUACGCCGUCUUCUCCAUAUACGCCAUCAUCUCGCUCGAGCAGAUGAUCGAGCGUAACCACCUCUCGGAGGAGGAGCGCGAGUGGAGUUUCGGCCAGGUCAUUGCUAUUUUUCUUCUGGGAGGCACCUUUUAUGAGCUCGCGCAGGUCAUCAUCUCGGGCAUCGGGGCAAGAGCACGGUCGAAUGAUCGGAACAACCAAAUCGAGUUGCGGCCCACGUCAGGACCACCCCCCUGAGGCCACGCUUCGCACGUCGAAAAUAGUGAUAGUGGGGCUUUAUAGUAAUACUUGGCUGUGUUUCUGGUCUUUUAAUUUCAGUAUUCUGCCUUGUUUGAAACCCCUUGUAG